AUGAAUUCACUUACUUUUGGGAGUGAGGACGGAUCCAGACUUGGAUUGUAACUAGUAUCCUCAAAUGCUCCUGUCUUGUCUCAGUGAAUGCAGUAUUACAGAGAAACAGUGUGUCAUCCUGACUCCAGCUCUGAAAUCAAACCCGUCACACCUGAGAGAGCUGAACCUGAGCGGGAAUAAACUAGGAGACUCUGGAGUGAAAAACCUCAGUGAUCUACUGAUGAAGCCACAAUUCAAGCUGGAGAAACUACAUUUGAGUGAAUGCAGUAUUACAGAGAAACAGUGUUUCAUCCUGACUUCAGCUCUGAAAUCAAACCCGUCACACCUGAGAGAGCUGGACCUGAGUGAGAAUGAAAUAGGAAACACAGGAGUGAAGCUCUUAUGUGACGUACUGAAGGAUUUACAUUGUAAACUGGAAAAAUUGAGUCUAUAUAACUGUGGCAUUACAGAUGUUUCUUCUUUAACUCAGUCUUUGACUAACUCAAAAGCACUGCAGUUUUUAAAAGAGCUUGAUCUGAGACACGAUAUGAUAGGAGACUCAAAGCAGCGGCUCAGAGACGUGCUACGAGACUCAAACUGUGUCCUGAGAGUAGAUAAGGAUCAAUCACCAGACGUCUCUGAACAAGUUAAAUCACCAAAAGUCUCUGAUGGAUGCUUUAUAUUAUAGUUUGAAAUCAUCACGAGAGGAACAGUAAUCAUCAGGUGAUCCACAGAAGAGUCUCACUACUGUGUCUAUGAGGAGAAAUAAAUGUGUGAUUAAUGUGUAAAUGUGUUUCAUACAGAUGGAAGAGACUCAGACUUUACAAUGAAAUAAAGCUGCAUGUGUGUUAGUGUGA